AUGUCUACCGAUGCAACCGAAUCCCCGCAGGACCUCUUUGCAACGUGGUUCCCUCACAUCUGUGAUGGUAUCCUGCGGCACACGGACCUCGCAAGCAACUUGGCCCUCCGCUCCGCUUGCCGAGCUCUCCGCGACAAGGUCGAUCCUCUUCUUGCGUACCAUAUCCAACUCGAUGCACCCCAAGGAGACGCCAAGUUGGGAUCAAUCUCGUCCAAAGGCUGUCCUCGUAACGACAGCAGUCUGUUCAAGCUUCCCCUCGAGCCUCACAUUAUCGACCGUUUUCUGCCCUUCUCGCAAGUCGUGGACAUCACCUACCCGCACGACAGGAAGGUCAGGACAAACCAGUUACCUUCUCUAAAGACUGUUCGCCUGUUCCCCAGAGACGACAAGAAGCAUGAUCUCGACGUGGGUACGCCCCUGGGCCCCACAGAAUGCAUCUUGUUUGUACGCCUUCGCCCGCCUCGAGACGACUACGGCAUGGAGUUGGCCCAGUUUCGCGGGUAUCCAAAAACGUCGCAGAGGCUCGUUGUCAACAUCACCCUCGACACGAGUCACCACAAUCUGCUUGGGUCAAAGCUCAUGUUGCCCAUCUGCCCUGUCACUCUCAUCUUCACCAAAGAUCGGAACCCGCAGUUCACUGCCGACGACAGGCUUGCCCGUGCGAAUAGCCCGGGGCUUUGGCCGGUCAUCACCCCCAUUGAAGGUACCAAGGGGUAUCCGUCCCACCCGCACACCUUUGUCAACUACGAGAUUGUGCGUCGCAGUUGGUUUGGCGCCGCGAACGGCGACCCCCCGGAUGCGACUGCCAAGGACAUUCUCAUCCAUCGCCUGGUGACCGACAUGUCGCGGCCCCGCGGCCCUGACCGACGCAGCGCUAUGUCCAAAGCGGAGGCCCUGGAGCGAGUGGCCAAAAAAGUCAGGUUUCUCACCCUCGACGAGUACCGUGAGGAGGUUGGCGAGGCGCAGUUCCUGCUCGAGACCAAGCGAUGA